AUUGGCUGUCGCUGCUGCCGGUCAAACCACUUCCUUGUUUCGUCCGGUUUGGUUUGUUUUGGAAGAGAAGUGCUUUCAAAAGUGAAGUUAUCAAAGUUGGGAAAUGGCGAGAUUACGUUCGCUGUGAUAUAUCCAAACAUUGAAGAAGUAAAUAAAAUAAUAAAAAAUGUCUGGGGAAAUGAGGAGACGCCGACCUCCGAAGUAUUAUUUGGUGACUAUCGAUAUGAAGGUGCGAGAUGGUAAUUCGGACAGGUCCUUUUGGGUACGGAAAGGGUUCAUUUGCGUGGAGCAGGACAAUGGCCCAAACCAGGGGGAAUACCAGUGGGUUAAGGUGCUGGACCUCAGAGCUACACUAAAACUGGACAGGAAGUAUCUGCUGGAGAUGACACCAGACUUGGGCGGUUUAUUGGAGCCGGUGGACCCAGAGCAGCGCUUCAGACUCAUUGAUAACCCGGAGAAGCUGACCCAGCUGGCGACUCUGCCUGAGGGCACUCCUCUAUGGGUCACCAUGGGAACGGCUGAUCUGGCCGAGGCUUGUCUUAGAUACAUCGGACCUGUGUCCUCUGGGAGCUCUGCCAUCUACUUUGGAGUCCAACUCAAGGGCUCUGCUAAAGGCCGGGGUUUGAGUGACGGUUCUUACAAUGGGCAGCAGUUAUUCCUGUGCCCCGAAAACUGUGCCCUCUUCGUCCCCGUGAGUCACAUUCAGCAGAGACAGUGGUCCAGAUCCGCUCGCAAUGAAAUCCCCCACGACCCUAACCACUCCAGGGUCAGACGCCACGCCAGCCGCCCCAGCAACGGGACCAGCAAUCACAGCAAUCACCAUAGUAAUGGUCACCAGGACAAACCCUCCAGACGUAUCAGCAUGCACCCAGCCCAGCACGUGGCUCCCAAACCCGGCUCUCCUCCGACCAACCUCCCCCAGAUCACAGACCCUGCCCUCACCUCCAGAGGGUCCACACCCUCCGGGGCUCUCCAAGCAGGCCAGAGAGUCCAGGUGAUCGUUGAUGACACACCCCGAGCGGGCGAAGUGCGCUGGUGUGGCCUCCUCCCUGAACGGCCCACGGCAGGGCUCUAUGUCGGAGUACAAUUGGAUGAGCCAGUGGGAAAUUGGAAUGGUUUGUAUGCUAGGCAGAAGCUUUGCACUUUUACAACAACUGAGCAUGGGACACUACAGCCAAUCAAUAGAGUGACUGCUGUUCUGGAUCCAAAACCGAACCGUCUCACCACAUCCACCCAAGCCAUCAAGUCCAUGCUUAAGAAUGCGCUGCCCCCUAGUGUCCAAAAACUAUCCACAAGCCCAACCUCGCAAGCACCACCUGUCCUGAUGACAGCUCCUGCAACAAGAACUGCCCUAAUGCCCCCAAACAAGACCAAACAGCCCCCCUUACCACCCCCAAAACCUGGUGUUAAGCCUUUACCACCCGUGCCUCCUCCCAAAAUAAACAGCCCUGGAAAUCCCACUGAAACGGACCAAAUAUCAUCAGUGAAUAACAGUGUCCCCAGUCCACUGAUGCCUCGGCGGGUCCAGGAGGAUCCAGAAGAGGUAGGGGACAAUGUGGUGGAGCAUACCCAGGAAAAGGUGCAGCGGAGCAGGGUGGAGCUUGGGCUGGAGCUGGGGUCGAUGGUGGAAGUGAACAACCCCCCUCUGUACGGAGUGAUCAGGUGGAUCGGACACAUCCGUGGAAUACGUGACAGUGUGGCUGGAAUAGAGCUGGAGCAGGAGCUGUCUGCGGGCACAGACGGCAGUUACCUUGGAGAGAGAUACUUUCAGUGCGCUCCAAACAAAGCUCUAUUUGUGAAGCUGAGGAAAUGCAGACGAGACUCACGCUUUCCUGAGCCAGAGACACCUGUCAAUCAAGUGGAACGCUGCAACUCCAUAGCCUUUGCAGAGUGGGGCAGUGAACGUGUUGAAGACCUCACUCCUCCAGUAGAGGGCGAUGAGGCGCGAGAGCUGUAUCAAGGCUGGAAGAGAGGCAUCCAGGGUCAUCUGAACUCUUGCUACCUGGAUGCUACGCUCUUUAGUCUGUUCUCUUGCUGCAGUUCGGCGGAUUGGGUUUUAUUUUGGCCGAUUGAUGCCGAAAAGAAACAGAGCUCCAGUCAAGCUCAAGAUCUGCUCCGCUGUGAAAUUGUCAACCCGCUGAGAAGAUUUGGUUAUGUUUGUGCCAGUAAGACCAUGGCUUUGCGGCGACUCUUGGAAGCGGCCAAUAGUGACACAGGAUUCACAAAUCAGGAAAAAGACCCAGAGGAAUUUCUCAACAAGCUUUUCCAGCUCCUCACGGUUGAGCCACUCCUAAAGAUCAGGUCCAUGUCCCAACAGCCUCAGGAGUGUCACCUGUACCAGCUGUUCCCUCCAUCUCUGGCCCCCUCUCCUUCCUCUCUGCCCCAGGACGAUGCUCCUCACUCCCCCAUCGCACUGCUGUCGCCCCCUUCUGGACGCAUGAGGGUCUCCAGUGUCCAGUCCCUGCUUGAAUCCUCUUUCUACCACUCACGCCUCAAGUUUGUCGAGGCUCCUUCUUGUCUCCUCCUGCUGAUGCCCAGGUUUGGAAAAGACUUCAAAAUGUACGACGCCAUCUUGCCUUCACUGAGUAUCGACAUCACAGACCUCAUCGAUGAUACUCUGAGGCAGUGCAGCAUCUGUGAGUCUGUGGCCGAGUGGGAGUGUCCUCAGUGCUACGAUGACCCUGACAUAACACCUGGGCAUCUCAAACAGUACUGCUCCACAUGUAACACCCAGGUGCACAGUCAUAAGAAGCGCUCGGCCCACAGCCCUCUGAGUAUAGCAGUGCCACAGGAGCUCCACAGCGCCCCCCUCCGCUGCACAAGGCAGCGCAUGUCUCUGUUCGCUGUCACCUGCAUCGAGACCAGUCACUACGUGAGCUUUGUGCGCCACAGUGCCGCCCCUCAGGACUGGCUGUUCUUCGAUAGUAUGGCCGAUCGCGAGGGCGGUGAGAAUGGCUUUAACAUUCCGCGGGUGAGGGCGUGUCCAGAGGUUGGGCGGUAUCUCAGCCUAUCGGAGGAGGAGCUGGGGAGAGUAGACCCCGCUUCCUUAAAAGAGUCUGUGAGGAGACUUCUGUGUGACGCUCACAUGUGUUUGUACCACAGCCCUGAGCUCAGCCUGUACAAGUGACAACAAAACCAUACAGAAAAAAUAUGGUUAUAAUGAGUUAUCUAUGAGGUUUCAGAAUGAUAAUUAGGACUGUUACCAUAGUGACCAACAAUUUAAAGGACCUGUACCUGAUUUCUGACAUUUUAGCCCUGCCUACUUGUCUUUUCUUCUGCUGUGAUAUUGCACCAUGACACAGAAAUUACUAUAUGUUUCAAGGACAGUUGUUGUCCGUAUAGUUUUCAAUCUCUGCUACUGUUGAUACUUUGUAGUGACAUCUAUAUGUAUGUCUAAAGGUGGAACUUUCAAGAGUUUUAAGAGUAACUGUCUGAUAGUGUCAGUCCAUUGGUUUCCCAUAGUUCUUAGCAAUAAUGUACCUGACAGGAUGAAAAUGUGUAGUCUUUAUUAUGUUCUUUAUUUAGCAGCUUAUACCAAAUAAUAUAAGAUCAUAUAUCAUGACUACAAUACAUUCAAAUCAGUUACAGGCCCUUUUCAAACUAAAUAUCAUAUUUUUUGAAUAGGUAAGUCCUCAAAGCGUUGCAUGUAACAGGAAGAUGAACCCCAUGCAUAGCCAGGUCUUACCUAAAGGUAGGCGGGGUGAAAGUGAGUGACAGGUGGAUUUAACCAAUCACAGUGAAGUGUGAACUCUUACAAGAAGCAGAGGGUUUUACUUACCUCUUAAUGGUCUUAUAUUACACAAAAUGGACUCUUGUGAGCUUUAUGUUAUAAUGCUGUUACCUCCUCAAAAACAUACCUAGAGUUGUGUUUUGUUUCACUCACACAUCUUUUUAGUAAUCCUGGUUCAUUAUUCUGUCUACAUCUCCAAAGCUCAAAGUGCUCUGUUCCACCUUGUGAUGUCAUGUAGUGAUAGUUUACAAGUUAACAGCUCCUUUUACCUUUUAUUCAGAAGGUGUAUGGAGUUUAAAAACACAAUGGAGCACUUCCUGUAUUACCACAUGACAUCACGAGUGUUUACCAUUUGAGAGAAGAACUCAAUACAUUGGAUUUGAGUGUUACACGUGAAGCAAUGAAGCAAAACACAACUCCAGGUGUUUUUUGUUUUGUUUUUUUUUUUUUUAUACGGAAAUAACAUUAUAACAGACAUCAGAAAAUGGCGUAACAUGGGCCCUUUAAAUUAAACAUAAAAUUGUUAAUUGUGCAUAUAAACAAAUAAUUAACUUCCUUCUUUUUACACAAAGUAAACAGUGCCUUGGUUUAUCAUAUUUGUUUUCUGUUCACUAAAAUCUGCCUUGUUUAAAAUUGCACUAAGAAUAACUACAAUGACAAUCACUAUAUCUAUGCAUAAAAACACAUGUGCAGUGUACCAUUUAAAAGCUGCUAUUAUUUCAUAGUGCCUUGGUUUGUAAAUAAAUAAAAUGUGUACAAUUUACAAUGAUGUAAAUAAGCUUUAACUAAAGAUUGACAAACUCUAAGCAAACUGUGCUCAGCUUUGGGUGGACUGUUCUGGCUUUGAAAGUAAAAUUUUCCCUAUAAACUUUUAAAAUUGCACUGUGCAGCUUUUCUGAUGGAUCCAGUCUAUUCUCAGAGGAGAUGUUAUUGGGGUUUUAUUUUGUUUUUUUUGCCUGGGAUGUUCCACAGUAUGGCAUGGAAACCUAUUUAUCUCCAUGGAGAUGACCAGAUCAUGCCGCCCACUAAGUUGAGCAAAAAAAAAAAAACCCUCUAAUUGAAUACAUGCAUUUUAGGUAUAGUAAAAAAAAAAUUAAAAAAAAACAUACUAUGGGACAUUCGAGGCAAUCGCAUCUCCAGGGAGACAAGCAGAUUUUGGACCCCACAUCAGAAAAGUUACGUAGUGAACCUUUCAAGACAUUAUUGGAGUUAUAAGUUGAGUAGUGUCAAUGAUUAAUUUGCAAUUUCUUAUUCUGUGUAAAAGCGCUAAAUCUGGUAGUUCAGAUGUCCUCCCCUGUAUGUCGGAUGCCCUCCCUGUGUCUCCAUGGGGUCUUAUUCUGUGUAAAAACUGCUUACCCUAUAGUGUAGACCUCUACAAACAUGUUCUGAAAUGCUUUCUUGGAUUAGUUAGGCAGUUCAGAUUUCAGUCUUCUUUCAAAUGAAUGAAUUUUACUUUCUCACCCAGAAUAUUCCACCCACUGUUGAACUCUUUUGCGGCAGCAGUACUGUUUUAUAUUUCCUGUUUUCACCUCUGCGCCUUCUCUGUCCACAAACUGUUGUGAAAGUGAUGAAUGCCUGACAGAUUUGCACUAUUUUUACAUUUGUAUUUGUUUGUAAAAAAAAAAAAAAAAAGAGAGAAAUGAAGAAACACAAUGUGAAUUCUACACACAGCAUUUAUAAACUGUUUAUAUUACAGCCAUAUGAACUAAACUGAGCUAAUAAAGGCUCUUAAUACUU